AUGAAAGUCGCUGGACUCUUCUCCAGCCUUGCGCUGGCCCUUUCUGGUGCCCUCGCAGCUCCGAGUGCUAUCGACCCCGAAGAGUUCUCGCUUGCUCUUGCCGGCAGAGCCCUACCUAAUGCGCCCGAUGGAUAUACCCCGACCAACGUGAGCUGCCCAGCCAGUCGCCCAACGGUACGCAGUGCCGCCAAGCUUUCCCCGAAUGAGACUUCAUGGCUGGAGACUCGUCGCAAUAAGACCCUGUCGGCUAUGAAGGAUUUCUUCGGUCAUGUCAAGGUCGGCGAUUUCGAUGUGACCUCGUAUCUGGAUAAGCACGCGAGCAAUUCCUCCAAUCUGCCUAACAUUGGUAUUGCCGUGUCUGGUGGUGGUUACCGCGCGUUGAUGAACGGUGCUGGUGCUAUCAAGGCCUUUGAUAGUCGCACGAAUAAUGCAACUACCAGUGGUCAUUUGGGUGGCUUGCUGCAGUCGGCUACUUAUCUGUCCGGUCUGAGUGGUGGUAGCUGGCUGCUGGGCUCGAUCUAUAUUAACAACUUCACCACCAUCUCGUCGCUGCAGACACACACGGAUGGUGCUGUGUGGCAGUUUGGUAACUCUAUCCUCGAGGGACCGGAUACUGGCGGUGUUCAGAUCCUGGAUUCGGCUAGUUAUUACAAGGACAUAGCUACCGCUGUGGAGGAUAAGAAGGAUGCCGGAUUUGAUACCUCAAUCACUGAUAUCUGGGGUCGAGCUCUCUCUUAUCAGAUGUUCAACGCAAGCAAUGGCGGUAUUCAAUAUACCUGGUCGUCCAUUGGCGAGACCCAAGACUUCAUCGAUGGCAACUACCCCCUGCCUCUCGUCGUUGCAGACGGCCGUAACCCCGGCGAGUCGGUAGUCGGUAGUAACUCGACCGUGUACGAGUUCAACCCUUGGGAGUUCGGCACCUGGGACCCGACAAUUUACGGCUUCGUUCCUCUCAAGUAUCUUGGAUCAAGAUUCGUAGGCGGCUCCCUCCCCAGCAACGAGACCUGCGUCAACGGAUUCGACAGCGCUGGCUUCAUCAUUGGAACUUCGUCCACCCUGUUCAACCAAUUCCUCCUCCAAAUCAACACUACCUCACUCCCCACCUGGGUGAAGAACAUCUUCACCGAUAUCCUGGAGAAGCUAGACAAGGCCGACGACGAUAUCGCCGCCUACGAUCCCAACCCUUUCUACCACUACAACAACGACUCAUCCCCCUAUGCAGCCCAAACCGAGCUCGACGUCGUCGACGGCGGUGAAGAUCUCCAAAACGUUCCUCUCCACCCGCUCAUCCAACCCGAGCGCCACGUCGACGUAAUCUUCGCCGUUGACUCCUCCGCCGAUACAACCUACAGCUGGCCCAACGGCACAGCUCUAGUCGCUACCUACGAGCGCAGUCUGAACAGCACCGGCAUCGGCAACGGCACCGCCUUCCCCGCCAUCCCAGACCAAAACACCUUCGUCAACCUGGGCCUAAACACUCGCCCUACCUUCUUCGGCUGCAACAGCUCCAACCUCACUGGUCCAGCACCCCUGGUCGUCUACGUCCCCAACUACCCGUACUCAGCCAUGUCCAACGUCUCCACCUUCACCCUGUCGUACAACGAUACCCAGCGCGACGAUAUCAUCCUGAACGGCUACGAAGUCGCGACUAUGGCUAACAGCACUCGGGACGGAAACUGGACUGCCUGCGUGGGUUGUGCCAUUCUCGCCCGCUCCUUUGAGCGUACUGGUACCACUCUCCCGAGUAUCUGUACCCAGUGUUUCUCAAACUACUGCUGGAAUGGUACCACUAAUUCAACCACGCCGACUGGUUUCGAGCCUACGGCUUUGUUGGGUGUUAAGUCGAGUGGGGCGGGUGCUUUGAUGCCGACUUUGUUGUCCGCUAUUCUGGCAUCUGGUGUUGCCUUGUUUGCGUUGGUUUAG